CGAAGAACGGCUGUUCUAUAAGCCUAAUUUAUAGAUCCCUGGAUGGGCUCCAGGGGUUAAAGAAACAAUACAGAGUUGUUUACAUUUUUGCGCGGUGGUAAUGUGACGAGUACAAGAAGGACUUAGUAAUGUCGUCCAGGAAAAGAAACAUGGCUGCAGAUUCGAGCAAAGAAACAAAAAGAUUACGAAGGAGUAAAGCAAAAGGAAGAAACAGUCGGGAAAAUAAUGACACAGGCUUAGAUGAUGCUAUAAGUCAACCCAGAAAUACACAAUGGAUUGAACUAGGAAAGGCAUCUGCUAAGGGUCUGAAACCUGUUUUUUUUUUUAAGGGAUCAUGUACUGGGUCAAGCAAAAUUGCAGGAUUUGACCUGGAUUACACCUUGAUACGUCCGAAGAGUGGUAAAAAAUGGCCAACUGGCCCAAAAGAUUGGGAGUUCAUGAAUGAUGAAAUCAAACCCAAGUUAAAACAAGUCCAACGGGAUGGCUACAAGGUUGUUAUUUUUACGAACCAACGUGGUAUAGAGAAACAACACACCGAUGCCAAUCAUUUCAAAGAGAAAUGUGAAGCAAUUAUUUCAUCACUUAGUAUUCCUAUUCAGGUUAUAGUAGCAACGACUGAAGGACACUUCCGAAAACCUAGCACUGAGCUCUGGGAAAUCAUGCAGAAGAAUAACACAGGAAUUAAGGUAGACUUGAAGCAAUCUUUCUACGUUGGAGAUGCAGCCGGGAGGGCUAAGAACUGGGCUCCAGGUAAACCUAAAGAUUUCUCGGUGAGUGAUCGUAUGUUUGCCGCAAAUGUUGGAGUACGCUUUCUGACGCCUGAGGAGUAUUUUUUCGACGAGAACCCAUGUCCCUUUGAAUGGAGGUCAAUUGAUCCUAAAAAUUACGUUGAAAAUGCGAAGAAGAUUGAUGCUAUUCAACCAAAGGAUAAGGACAUGAUUAUCAUGGUAGGGCCACCUGCCUGUGGAAAAAGUGCUUUAUAUCAAAACUCCCUGCAGCAACAUGGCUAUGUACGGGUCAACCAGGACACGUUGAAGACUCAACAUAAGUGCCUGGCACUUGCUAAUGCUUCAAUGUCAGAGGGAAAAAGUGUUGUUAUUGACAACACAAACCCAUCAGUAACUACAAGGGAGACAUACAUUAAUGCUGCCAAAAAGAAAGGAUACCGGGUUCGAUGUGUUGUCAUGGAAGUGCCUUUAGAACUAGCGAAGCAUCUUAACUACGUCCGACAAAAUUAUACCAAAAGUGCUGUGAGAAGAAUACCAAAUGUGGCUUACAAUAUGUACAAAAAAAACUACCAAGUUCCACAGAUAUCGGAGGGUAUAGACGAGAUCAUUCACUUUCCAUUCCAACCACACUUUCAAGACGAAGUCCAUAAGAAGUUGUUUCUACAGUGGACUGAUUACUAGAUUCAAAAUAUAUAAUUUUUAAUCAAUAGUAUACAGUACAGCAGUCAAGUAAUUCAGGGGGUAUACUGUAAGAUGUCUGACAAUUUCCAAUAGGGAAUGCAGGAUUCAGAGAAGACCUGUUGGGCCUUUGGCUCCUAAUGAACCCAAUUAAGCUGAGAUGUUUUAGAAAAUAUCGCCUGAAGAAUUUCAAAAAGAAACUUCUUAGCCUGACGAGUCGUGGACAACAGAGAGAUAAGCACCUUCCCCGGCUGGUGGUGCCACUGCAGUAUGGUAGUGUUUUUUGGUUUUUUUUAUGUAUAUAAUGUUCAGUAACUAUAUAAAUAAUGCAUAAUUUUAAACGAGCUGUAUAUAUUUCAUACUUUUAUUCUACUUCUAGAAAAGAAGAGGGAAAAAGGAAGGUUGACUGUUAAAUGUUGAUAGUUGAGCGAGUGAUUAAUUAUGUAUAUUUUGUUAAUUUGUGAGUGCCUCUUUUAGUGAAACUGCACUGUAAGGGAUAAAGAAUUUUGCUUUUGAGUUAUCUGUAAAGAUAAGAUUAAAUGACGUUAUUUAGUCUUCGAAACAAUUCAAUUUAUUUUUACAUAUACAGUGUAUUGAAAACUUACUACUACAUAUGGCUGUUUGCGAAACAGUUUAUUCUUGUAUGCGAUAUGCUAAAAGUACCAAGAUGAUCUCACAUGAGAUUUGCGUAUAGAUGAAGCCAUUGCCCAAGAGCAUUGCAGCCAGCAUGUCAUGUUUAAAAUACUGACUGUGGCCAUGGUAUGCUGGCUGUGCCCAUGUAAGCAGUUUGUGGAUGUGACACAGGUGAUCAGCGAACAAAAUGUGCAAUACCUCUAUAUCUGUACUGUAAUUGAUGCCAGAGUCCCAGCCAAUAAGAUCACUUUGUCACAGAUUUUGUAACUUUGCAGACAAUGACAACUAUGAUUCAUGAUUCAAAAACACAAGGCAAAAUUAAAGUAAUAUAGAGUUUGUGA